CUGUUCUUUCAGUGAAGUUAUAAGAGAAUGUAUGGAUACCAAAUUCCAGGCCAAGAUUUGGCAGACGAAAUAAAAUAACUGUUGAAAUGAAACGCUAGUUAGUAGUAUUCUAGUUAGAAAUAAAUAAAUGUGUAAGAGAAACUCUAAGACUCACCGAAAAUUGAAAAAGUUCUGUAAAAUCGGAUAACGCAUCUAAAAUAUUAUACGUAGCAGUAACAACUUCGCUUGUGAGACUAGAAUUUUGAUUGCCGUAUGAAUUAAUUACGAAGUAGAGACUUCCUUCAUUGCCUUUCUUUCUAGGGUCAUUUACAUCUAACAUUUCUUGACGUAAUACAUCGUUUAAGUAGUUCACCCUCGAUAUAACGAGAUGUAUGACAAAGUAAACUUCUGCAAUCUCAGUAAGCAGUCCAAUACCAGUCGAUAUCAACAUUACUAGAGGUAGGCAUGUUCUUCCCAUAAACACGGUGUUAAACAAUACAAUCCACAUGAACGCUAAGAAACAACCGCCCAAUACAAUGAACCAAGAAAACUUUACAAUAUUCUUGUUCACACUUUUAGUGUUUUUCAUAAUAAGGUGCCUUUCUAUUUUUUGCAAUUUCACAUACAUUUCACAAAUUUUGUUACUCCUUCGCAAAUUGUUUCGGCAAACUAUCAGUAUACCGUUGAUCCCGUUUACUAGAACACCGAAUUUUAGCGUAGAGUCUGCGUAUUCAGACGCAAAGCCGUUUCCACAGUAUGUAAAAAAAUAUACGAGACAACAUGUGUUUAUGAUCCAGAAACAAUUGCUGUAAAAAUGAUACCACUUUGAAGGUUCGGUAGGGUAUCGGUAUUUUAUAAUCAUGCGACUGAAGCCAAGGAUCCGCAGUAAAAUGAAGAUUGGUUGAAAGAUUUCAAUGAAAUCGUCGUUCAAAAUAUCCGCAGACACUUCUUCGAGAUUUCGUAUUUUAUUCAUGUUGUGUAUUGAUUACUUACACAAAAUACGAUCACAAUAUUCACCCACUUGCUCUAGACAGAAAAAAAAUUAUAAAACGAACUAACAAUUCCGACUUGACUUGACGACUCCCAUGGGGAAAACCUUAGGGAAAAUAAGA